AUGCAAUUCAAGACUAGGGCAUCAUCCAAUGGGAGCGUAGUAUCAACUGAAGCUGAACCACUGGAUAACAAGAGGUUCGACCAUCACGCAGGUUACACAUCAUUACCAGAUGUUGUAACAAAAUUUUAUGGCGCCAUUGCAACUUUCGAUGUUUACGAAUCACUGAGUGCCAAUGACGGACAAAUAAGUUCUGCAGUCAUGGUCGGUAAUUACGAGUAUCCUCAUAUUGAUACUCUAAAUAUUAUACAAGUUGGAUGGAAUAUUCAACCUUCUCUCUAUGGUGACAACAAAACACAUUUCCUAAUAGGAUGGUCGACUGAUGGAUACUCAUCAACGGGAUGCUUUGACUUGAAGUGUGAUGGAUUUGUACUAGCCAAGCAUGCUCCUAUAACUCCCGGAGACACACUUAAGGGGAAAAGUAAGAUGUCUUUCAAGAUAUUCAAGAGUAAAGACAACGGAGAUUGGUGGUUACACUUUGCUCAUGCCGGUCAGAAGUUUGCUCCCGUCGGAUACUGGCCGCAAAGUCUUUUCAAUAGUUUGAAAUUCUAUUCAAAUUAUGUAAGCUGGGGUGGCUAUACUACAUCUUAUGGAGAAAAGCGCAGCCCGCCAAUGGGCAAUGGGCACUGGCCAGGACCAGACUCGGCUGCAUUUCAAGAUAUGCAAUAUGUCAAUGAAGAUGAGACAACCUACCGUCCUGGUCCAGUGCCCGGCCUUCAAAGUUGGGUAACCAACAAGGAAUGCUACAAAGUCAGUGAUUUCAUGAUUGACCACUUCAGUUAUGGGGGACCUGGCGGUUGUACUAAUUAAUACUGCUAUGCACUACGAUAUACUAGUACUACUAUUAUAAUCAACAAUAAAGACA